GGAAAGAAAAAAAGAAGCCCUAUCUCACUCACCCCUGUCUUUCGUAUCGCGCAAGGGUUCGCGAUGAAAGCGCUCCGGGUAAGGUCUCUUUCUCCUUGUUCUCCUAGAUCCAAAACAAGCAAGGGGGUCUUGAGAAAUCCUCGAGCUUUCCACCAUGGAAAGGACAAGAAGAACAGGGAAAUUGGGGUCUCUCCUCUCAGCCGGAUCACACACAGAUUUUGGGGUCUUCUCCUCGAUCAUCCGGAUUGAUCCAGUAGCCGUAAAAAAAUAACCAGAGUAAAACAUUUGGGGCAGGACUUUUACAGGGAUUCGAACCCUGGCACCAUCCCAGGCGGGAAGGCCAGACCUUGAAUGAUAUACAUGGCUAUGACUGAGCGGGCGUUCAUGGACCACAUGUGCACGCAGCCCUCCUGUCCACGCGUCACGAUGCCAGUGGCUGCCAUAAAGUCCAAGUCCUCGCGGGGCCCGGGACGCGGCCCAGUGACUGCCUGCCACGUGUCGCAGGCGGCCGGAAUAUCUACCGAGAAAAGCUGCGUCUUAUCUCCUGCCACGCGGCGUGCGCUGGUUGGGCGAGGCGUUGCCCUAGCGGAACCGCGCAGUUUUAAUCCGGGAGCCGCCCGGUUGGAAAUUUUUUCGUUUUCACCGGCGGUAAAGAUGGGGUUUUCAUCUUCUUCCCCUUUAGUAUGGGUGUCGUUUAGUUUGGUUGGGUUGCCUUUGUUUGCCCUAGCUAUGGCGUCUGCGGCGGUAAAGUGUGUGGCGCCCUGAGAGAGAGGAAAUUUUCUCGCAGGAAGAGCGAGAGGCGCUCGGAUGUGGGGAUCUAGGGCCGUCGCAGCAGUCGAUUUCCCGGAGGCUCCGCGAGUAGGGUUUGGUUCUGUGAAAAGAUGCGGUGUUCUUCAUGCAGGCAGUGGCAGCGGCGGUAGCAGCGGCAUCGGAAAGAGCCAUGGCGCUCCCCUGCGCGAGCUCGCGCGGAGGCCGGAAUCGCUGAAAUCGUCCGAGGGAUGGACGAGCAAGACGAGGAGGGGGCUAAGCUAAAGGCAGUGUAGCGCUUCUAUCUUCUUCUUCCCACUUCUUCUCCUUUUUUCUUAGGGUUUCCUCGUUCUUCCAUAGCUCUCUCUCUCUCUCUAUCUUUCCUCUCUCUUUUUUGCUCUCUAUGAUCUCUUGGGGCGCUCGUUCUUGGCCAAUGUUACAAGGCGCUGCUGCUCAAUGCCGACGGAUUACGCUCCUCGUAGCAAGCCGAUGCAUACUAGAGAAGUGAGGUACGAAAGAAAUGAUAGGUUCCUGGGCAAGAGAGACUGGCAGCGCGUCGCGGUGUUCGAGAGGUCCCCAGCUCUGAGCUCCUCGAAUGGCGGAUCUUAUGAUCCUCCCAGCAAGCGGCGUCCAUCUGGGCGGCAUGGAUUCUCUGGCGAGAACGGGAGAUUCCGGGAGCACAGCAGCAGCCGCGCGUCAGAGAACCAGCCCAUGUUUUCCUCGGCGCCGAGUGGUUUCACGGGCUUCGGUCACAAGCCGGAGCGCUAUGUUCUUCCCGGUGGGGGGAUGACCCACUGCCCCGGCUCGAGCAGCUCGGGAAGGAACGGUCUCAGAGAUGGCGGAGGCGAGGACGAUUUCUUCCGGGAGAGGGACUGCGAGCGCCUGGUUUCUUCGUCGCCCAGCCCCGCGCAGCCGCUCCAUCCUUACAAUUCGGUGGUCUACGACGCGCACCCCGGCGACGGCCACAGGGGCUCUCGCUAUGGCUGGGAUGUUCACAGCAGGGGCGAGCGAGAGCAUCACGCGACGACGCGGGAGAGGUUCUCCAGCAGCCCGGAUGUGUUGGACAGAAGAAAUGGUGGCGGCAGCGGCGGCGUCUCGAGAUUUGGGUGGAGCGAUGCUCCAGAGCGGGAGCUCGAGGGGCGGCUGGACAGAUAUGGUGCUUCCCGGGACCCGGAUGGGCGGAUUCGAGAGCUCCCGACGGAGGAGGUCUUGGAUCCGUUCGUUUCGCCGAGGUUCCAGCAGUCGCAGCACCAGCGGGGGGGCUUCUCGGUGCCGGCCUCGCUGCUACAAGAGGAGAGGGUACCUCUGCCACCAUCGUCUCCUCCGAAGAAGACUCGCCUCAAGUGGGGGGAAGGUCUUGCGAGAUACGAGCAGAAGAACACCAGCAGAGCCAGGUCCCACGAGGAGGAGCCAGCCCCUGCGACGAGUAACGGAUGCGCUGAGCAGGAACACGCACGGGGUUUCGAGAGCAAGGGAGACGCGAAUGGAAGUUUGCCUUCUUCGGACAGAGAUCUCACGCCGUCGAGAGAGCAUACUCCCACUCCUGCGCCCAGCGGCGUCAGUGACAAGGUGGUGUGCGGUACUGACCAUCCCAUCAUUCUAACUUGUGAGACCAUGGCGACGGCAGCACCGAGGUCUCCUUCCAUACCCCUGACUACACCGAGAUCUCCUUCUAUACCUUUUGCGAGAGGUAAUGAAGAGUGUGCGCUGUCACCGCAACCGAGAGAGGCAGAAGAGACUCACGAUCCGCCCGCACAGACCCUCCAGCAGCAGGAGGAAGAGCCUCGGCUGUCCAAAGAAGCGGUGCUACUUCAGGUGGAACAGGUUGAGCUUGAGAUAGAGUCCAUCGAGAAGGAGCUGGCAAGUCUUGCGGUCCAGACGGAUGCGCCACAGCCUGUUCAACCUGAUCUAGAAAAGCAACCAUGUUCGACAAAAGAGACGGAGACUGCUGUGGAAAUACCGGAGGAGAGGAAUUCCGACACGGAUGUCGUUAUGGUGGAUGCUGCUCAGCAGCCGGAGGAUCAGCCGGAGUCUCAAUCGGGUAAUUUACCAGGUGAACUUCCUGAAGUUAUUACUGACCGAUGUUUAGAAGAUUUUGGGCACAUACUUCCUCAAGGAUUUGUGCGUGGGAGGAAGGUUUACAGCAGUCCACAGGAAACAGAAGUUUGGAUACGUAACGAAGAGUUACACAGGCUGAAUAAAGAUCGGAUACUGGAGAAGAUGCUUAACAAGAAAAAUCUUCAGAGAUUUAAGGAGCGGUCGCUUGUUCUCAAGUACAGAUUGUUGAGGGACAGAUAUGGGACACGGAAGGGUGAUGCUGCUACUGAUGGCAGGAAUGGUUUUACUCAGCGGCUGCCUCAAAAACUGCGACUUCCAGAUGAUCAACAGUGGUUGCGGGUGGUUUCGGAGCCCGUGCGUCAGUAUAGAGAAACAGAACGCAUGCCAUCGAUGAUUUUGUGCCAAGGGGAGAGGAGUGCGCAGUAUAUCGUGCAGUCAAACCGGCGGGUGGAAGAUCCCAUUGAGUUCGAGCAGGAGAGGAAAAGCAUCAACCCCUGGACACCCGAGGAGAAGAAGCUCUUCUUGGAUAAGUUUGCUUUGUUCUACAAGAACUUUGCCAAGAUCGCGUCGUUCCUGCAGCACAAGACGACGGGUGACUGUGUGGAGUUCUACUACCGGAACCAGAAGACGGAGGAGUUUCAGAAGCUACGUAAGAAGCAGCAGCUGAAGAAGCGUCACUCUCGGGCAAGCUAUUUGGCGACGACAACCCCGGCGGCAAGUGGCAGGCUCCGGGAUUACAACGCAGCGUCCGCGGUGGCCAAAGUUACGCCAGGGAAGGAGACGAGCUCGGGUAACGUCUCGAGCAUUGUGACGGGAGUUUGCAGCCUGAGCAGUGAUGCGCCGCUGACACCACUGAGGGGUCCGUGUGAGAGGGCGCUGCUGCGGGAGGAGCACUCCAUCAAGCAGAAGGGGGUGCGUAGCUCUCGGAGUAGACGGGAACAGGUUGAGGAGGCGGAGUCGGAAUGGACAGAUACGGAGAGGGAGCUGUUUCUGGAUGCGGUGUUACUCUUCGGGAAGGAUUUCAAGAGCAUAGCGGUGCACGUUCGCUCAAAGAACGAAGGUCAGUGCAAGACAUUUUACAGCAAAGCUCGGAAACGCCUAAAGCUUGACCGGAUUGUUGAACAGCAUCAGCUGGCUCAAGAGAUGAGUGCAACAACGACACAGCAGCUGGCCUCGGUAACUUCCCCAGAUGGAGGCAGCUUCCCCUCGAAUGCCUCGAACACGGUGCAAGCUAGAAGCUCCACCCCCGCCGCCAUCACCCCCGCCGCCACCGCCUCCGCCUCCAUCAACUCGGAGAUCACGACCGAGCCGACUGCUACUAUUGCCACCCCCGGCGUCCAAGCGGGCGAGACGAUGUCCAAGACACCGCUGAGCCGGAGCAGCGACGUGAAGCUCUUUGGACAGUCGCUCCUCUCCCAUCCACCAACAAUGUCACUAACAGCAACAACAGCAGCAAAGCCGGAGCCUUGUGACUCGACUUCUAGGGGCGUUCCGUUUUUGCUCGGCGAGAGCUGGUGCUCGGGCUCAGCUGAAGCCCAGGAUAGAGAGUUUGCCGCGAGAUGUAGGAGUCUGGCCGCCGUGAGCAGCGGCGGCGGGAUCUACAGGCUGGAUCAAAACGGGGGCUUCUCAGGUGCCUUGCCUGAGGCGGCCUCGAAGCUGCCGGAUGGUGUGGUGGACUGGCAGCAGCUUGCGGCGACGAGAGAGCCCCUGGAUCUUUGGAAGGGGGAGGUGAUGAAACCAUCUUUCGUGGCUGGUUUCUGCCAGUCCUCUCAGCAGCAGCAAAGCCAGCAGCAGCAGCACCAACACCCGAAAGAUCAGCAGCAAGAACAACAGCAGCAGCCGCAGCAGCAGUUCUUGAUGCAGUUUCCAGCGAAUUGGUCUAGCAGCAGCGGCAGUGACCCUCUUCACGCCCGGAUUUUGGCCCAGUUUUCGGAUCAACAGCAGCUCCACCAGCAGCUCCAGCAGCACCAGCGGCAGUGCCUGUGCAACCGGUGCCACUGUUGCUACUGCUGCUGCUAGACGAGAUCUUCUUUAAUCGAGCCAGCGAGCGAUCCAAGUUGGUUUUACAGGGAAGAACACACGUAGAAGGCAAGCGAAAAAGCUCAAGAGAAGAGUGAGGAAGUUUUUUUUUUGUAAGCUUGGACCGCGAGGCAUUCUCCUCCCGUCCACUGUAUCAAUAUAUGUUCCAUCCUAAAAUUCUUUCA